AUGUACGGUUAUUCUAAAAUACUUUUAAAUUUUAUUCUAUUUCUAAUUUUUUCAACCUUAAUCGCAUCACAUGUCAUAAACCCCUAUGAACGUCGAGAACUAACCAAGGAUUCAAAGCCUAGAAUACGUAGCGACGGAACUAAUCAUAUGAUUCGUUCUUCUCGUGGGCGAGCUUAUCAUAGUAACCCAUAUAACAAGAGAUGUUCUCUAAAUUCAUCCCCAACCUACUCCAAUUUCCACAAGAAACGUUCUCCAAAUUCAUCUCUAAUCAACUACAAUGAUCACAAGAAACGUUCAUGUAAACCAAUGGGCCCUUAUAAAAGGGACGUGCUUAAAUUCAAAAAACGCCAUUUCUUAGGCGGCAGUCCUCCAGAAUUAAAUCCAUGUGGAGUUAAUUGUUAUGUCAAAUCUGCAUUACACAAUGCACUUUGGGGUCCUCCACCUUGCGAAGAUAUUCCCGAUGAACCAUUAAUUCAUGAUUGCGGUUUUAUGUAUAAUGCAAAUUUGAAUUGUGAUGAUUCAGAUGCGAUUUCGAUGACUAAUAAUGUGUGCAUCUAA